CUUGACAGCGCCACAGGCCUCCAGGGGGCGCUAUCUGGGGCUCACAAGUGCUUCUUCACAACCAGGACAGAUUUCACUGACCCGGACCCGCUCCAGAGGGAGAUCUCACAGGGGUACUUGAUUGCAGAUGCUUGCAAGCAGAAUGGCAUCAACCAUGUGGUGUUUGAGGGGAGUCACCACGUGCACCGGCGCUUUGGCUUCCCCGUGCGGUCCAUGGAUGCCAAGGCUUGCAUCAACGACUACAUGGGCGAAAUCGGCAUCCCCAAAACCCAGCUGCUGAUCCCCUUCCUGUACGAGAGCUUCCUCACAACAUUCCGUCCCAAACCUGCUGGGCUCAACCUCUAUAAAAUUGACAUCCCCAUGGGAGAGACGGCCAUGGACAGCAUGAGCCUGAGGGAUCUGGGACCCAUUGUCACGGCCGUACUGAAGAACGCGCACAAGUGGAUGGGAAAGAGCUGCGCCCUCUCCGCAAACCGGCUGACGAUUCAGGAAUACGCAGACACGCUCACGCAGUGCCUGCCUCCCAGGGUCUUUCAGGAUUCCAGGCAAAUCUGCAACAUGCACUUCAGACUUAAGUGA